AUGCGUUUGCUCAAUGUCAAGACCUACAAACUGCACACCUUUUACGGUGACAAGAUCCCGAAAUAUGCCAUCCUUUCUCACACUUGGCUCCAGGACCAUGAGGAAGUCACCUUCAAUCAUUUGGAACACCAGCUGUCAUCUUCAUGGAACCACCUACCCGGUGCACGGAAAAUCGAGUUGACGUGCCGGCAAGCGGCCGCAGAUGGCCACUCUUGGGCUUGGAUCGAUACCUGUUGCAUCGACAAAGCGAACAGCUCCGAACUUUCGGAAGCCAUCAACUCUAUGUUCAUAUGGUAUAGGGAUGCAGCCGUAUGCUAUGCAUUUCUGAUGGACAUUGACCGUGGCCGUCAAGACGACAUGCUCUGUAGUCGUUGGUGGACCCGGGCAUGGACGUUGCAAGAGCUUCUGGCGCCCAAGUCGGUGCGGUUCUUCGAUACCAAUUGGCGAUACAUUGGCACAAAGGCAGACAUGGCCGAACGAAUUUCUCAUGCGACAAAUAUCGAUAUCGAUACUCUGCGCAGUUCAGAAGCCAUGUUUUCAAAAAGCGUUGCGCAGCGGCUGUCUUGGACUGCUCAUCGUGAGGCAACCCGAGCGGAGGAUCUUGCGUACUCCCUACUUGGACUCUUCCAGAUCAAUAUGGCCAUGCAGUACGGCGAGGGGGGUGAGGCUUUUCUACGCUUGCAGCGGGAGAUUGUACACACCACUGAUGACUUGUCGAUUUUUGCGUGGAAUCCGGCUUUCUCAACCUUGCAGGACGUUAUCACUGUCGCCACAUAUCACGGCGUGUCUCGUCUGGGAAUGUUUGCACCACACCCGUCGAGGUUCGAAAAAUGUAAAGACAUAGAAUUCUUCCCUCGACACAUUGGCGAUGUACGUAUCGAAGAGCAGCAUGGGAAUCUUACCCUACACGCACCAGUAGUCUCCUACAAGGAGCACAGGAUCUCCGACGUCGCAGCUGAUCGUUUACCUACCAUUUACUGGAUCGCGUUGCUUCCGUGCGGAGUACGUGGAAAGCCUUAUAUGUUAAUUGGCCUCUUACUCUCGGCAUACCACCAGAACGGCUUUAGUUCACAUGCUCAACUUCAAAAUAUACGGGCCGUCUUGAACAAUACCCACAACACACGCUCUGUUGCCACGUUCCUCGUGGACAGUGAGCAUAUUGUCAAAGCCAAGAUGAUGCGUAUCAGGGUCGAUUCAGGGUCUCGCAUGUCUCGAUUUCAAAACGCAGGUCGCGCCACUGCAGUCCGGCGGAAGCUCACCGUCAGAAGCGUCACUAACCAAAUCUCCGCGCCCAAGGUGAUAGGUCGAGGCGAAUGGAGCAUCAUUACAAACAACCCCUACACGCUCUCUCAAGACGAAGACCAGGACGGCAAAGACAUUGCCCACCCUCUCGUCUUACGUUUCUCCACCCGAUCUCCAGACCAAUACCUAUACGUUUUCGUGCGUGUGAGAAGGACUGCGGAUGACAAAGACCACAUCAGAAUGUACACCGGCCCUCGAGCGGCCCAAGGUAUCGAAGACUUCAUUCUAGACAUAGAUUGGGCAGCUGAUAACUCGAGUAUUGGUCUUUCAGGCGAAGACAUGGAUCUUUUUGCCAAAAUUAAGACGUGCAUUGUAUACAACCAGGCAGUGUCGACGCUCACGAUCAAGGAGCGCAGGUCUCCCCAAGACAAGGACUCGGACGACAGCGAGGGAAGUGCACAUUCCGCCCGAGCGGUUGUUAGGAAUAAUCGUAUUCCGUGA